AUGCCUUUUAAGCAAAAUCCUUUAUCCGCCUUAGCUAUCGCUGCUGUUAUAGCUGCGGCGGCGGCGGCGGUUAUACUUCGUACUCUUACUUUCGAACCUUCGCCCUCUCUUCUAGACCUUCUUAUUAAGCGCUUGCUUAUGCCGACGACCGUUAAAGCUUUAAAGUACAUCAAGUGCAUUAAUAAUAAAAUCAUAUCGAAAUUUAAUAAAGAUUGCUAUAAUUGCGACACGAGCGUUAUACGCUAUCUCCGGUGUAUUAAAGGUAGCUAUAGCAAUUGCAUCGCUACUUUUGCCGCUGCUAAUACCGCUUUCGAUAACUUCCUCGCUUUAGAUGCUGCCCUUUCAAGAGGUGCUGCUAGUAGUCCGAGCGGUCUAGCGAGUAAAACCUUUGUUAGAUUGAAUAGUCUUAUAAUAACGAACCGUGGUCCGGUGACGCGGAAUGCUUCGAGCAUAUCACUCUUUCCCUUUGCGCUUGCGCUAGCCGCCCUUAUUGCUCCCGUCGCCCUCGCUGAUCCCGUCGCCCUCGCAGCUCCCGUCGCUCUCGUCGCAUUUAUUAUCGUCGCCUUUUUUACGCUAAUCGUUGCGCUUACCGCUCUCGCGGCGGCGCUCGCCGUUGUUAUAACUCUUGCGAAGCGCCGGGCUAAAGUAAAAAGAUUGCUAAGAGCUCUAAUCGAUCUUUUAUUAUAA